AUGAAAACUACUAAGGCUCGUGCCUCCAAGAAACGAAAAGGGCACCCGUCAUCUUCAACCACCUCCCAGUCAUCAAUUAGCGAAGAAGUUUCACCAGCAUUGACAGAAAAUGCCCCCAAGAAAAAAGGCAGGCCAAGCAAGAAUGCUGUCGCAAUCGCUACAAAAGGAAAAGAAGUAGACGAUAGAGCAGAAUGGGUAAAUAUCCAACCUACCAUGCUAACUAGAAGCUGGACACGUAGCGGAAAAGUAUCAAGAGCUACGGAACUCCACAGAGAAAAAGCAGACCCAGAAGAUAAUAUAGGUACGGAAGGAGAACUAGUCGCAGAGGAGGAUUCCGGCCCCAGAGUAGAAGAACGACCUUCGAAACGCCAGAAGCAAAAUAUGACUACACAAGAUAAUGGCGAAUCGUCAUCCAAUCCUCGCUUGAUAGAUUUGACUGUCCAAACCCCUGCUAUACCAGAAAAGACCACCGCUGAGGUGAACAAAGUCAAAACCCCCAAGCCACCAAAGAUAAUCAAGCCCAAAAAACCGAAGAAAAUCAAGCCUCCCAAGGGCAAAUGGCGUGCGUAUUGUGCGUUUCGGGGUUUGGACACCACUGGUACUCGAGAAGAUAUGUGGGAGAGAUUGAGAGAUCAUUUUCGCUUGUCGGGUGUGGAGUAUGUUGCGGGUAUUCCGGAGUAUGAGACGAGGGUUGAAUCGGAACUUGUAAGGGAAAUAAUUGAAAGAGAAGAAGGAAAUAGUUAUGAUGUUUCCGGGGGAGAUGUAUGGGUCUUCCAAACCCGUCCUAAGCUUUCGGCAGAGGAAUGGAUUGAGUUUUUUGGGCAGUAUAAAUAUCGGUCUCUCGGUUUAGUUUUCACUACACCUCCCCAAUUCGCUUAUUCGAAUGAUGAUGAAUCCGCUUUCAAAUAUCAACGAGGUACAAUGGAAGGGAUCCCAUACUACAAUCUUUACUCUGGAGGAACAUGGGUAGGAACUGGUUUUGCGAAGGGAACGAUACUCGGCAGGACUCCGCUGCUAGUAAAACAAAAAGUUGAAGAGAUAUGCGAACAAGUCAGGAAAACUUUCAUUGGGAGAUACAUCAUGAAUGAGAGAAACGCAGAUGAACAACAUGUAGAUCCAGCACAGUUACCGGUAGCGAAGACUUGGACAGCAGAAGAAGAACAGAGAGCACAAGUUCUGUGGAAUCUUGAUGAUUCAACUAAAAGGCCAUCGGAUGUAUCUUAUCAAUUUGGAAAAAUUGUCGAAGAGUCCUUUUUAGCUUCCCAACUUCUAUCGCCUCCUGCGAGCUCUACACUUGCGCGCUUUGUUGAUCGUGCUCGGUUCAUCUAUGUUGAUGAGAAUGUUUGUGAUGGUGGGCGUGGAGAUAUCUACGUUGUGUGA